AUGCAUGUGCUGGUCUUCCAGCUCUCCCGGAGGAAACCUAUGAUGUUGAAAUACCCGCCGCGCGUGGUCUCACUGCAGAGGAAAUACCGUCGCCUCGUCACGCCGCUCUGGAGUUCGAUCGGCUCGUACGGAUCAAAAAGUGUCGAACACCCGAAGCCAUUUGCAAGAGGUCCGGCAUUGGAAGCACAAAAGUGUCGAACACCCGAAGGUUCAGCUUCAGACGAGGAAUUCGUCGACGCAAUCGAACGUCUGUUUAUAGCCAUUUGCAAGAGGUCCGGCAUUGGAAGCACCACCAACGAUGUGACGGUGGCGAGGUUGGCGGAUUUUGAGGAGGCGAUGAAUGCUAAAUUCGCGAGGUUCGAGUCGGAGUUGCGGGGAGAGGUCAAAACCUUGAAGACGGAGAUGGAAGGGUUGCGGUCUGAAUUUGCCGGGAUCAAAGCAUUGUUGAAUGAGGUGAAUCUCAAGAUUGCGUCAGCUGCUGGUGAAAACAAGAAUGCCUAG